UAACUUUGAUCCUGUAGGAAAAUAAAAAUGAAUGUGAAAGAUGAAUAUGACAAGCAGUUUUUAAACCAAUAUCAGACAUUGUUGUUUUCUGACAAACUGAGAAAUGGCACACCCGCAGAGAAAGCUGACAUAUAUCGCAGUCUCAUGGGACAACUUCAACUUGCACAGAAGCAUGGAAGGCUUUCCAGUGAAAGUCAUGAGCUUCUUAGAAAAGAAUACUGGAGACCAUACACAGCCAUUAUGGAUACCCACAACACAGAUCAAGGUUUAAACAACUUUGCAGAAGGUGCAUUAUCAAUCUGCAGUAAAUACAGAAAUGAAAGCCAGAAAUGGAGGAGUUCUUUGUCCCUGGAGAAAAUCAAAGAAAUGGACUGUUACAAGACUUACCUAGCCAAUGUCAAGGCUAAAAAUGAGCAGUUACUACCAGAAAGCAAGCAGUCACAGGUCCUAAUGAAGUCCAAGAAAACAAUGGUAGAUUUUAGUGCUAAAGCUUCCGUACAAAGUCAGGGAAGAUCGACAUUCUCAAUGUCCAGUGCAAAAGUCAACAGGGAUCUAAUGGAGACUUUAGCAGUAUUUCUAAUAGCAGCUGCAAAAGUCAACAGGGAUCUAACGGAGACUUUAGCAGUGAUUCUUAUAGCAGCUACAAAACCACAGAAAUCUUUAACACAUGAUGAUUAUAGUAAUGCACCAUCAUUGAAAAAUUUAUCUUCUCUAGUGCCAAACCACGGGAAUGGAUAUUCUUAUGCAGCUCAGGCCAGACCUGAUAGUUCUAGCAGGGAUUCAUUGCAUGUAGGGAUUGGCAGAAAUCAGAACACUCAAGACAAUGCCAGAAUGUUUGAAAAUGGUGCUAGACAGUUUGCUAACAGAAAACCCCUGUUUGGAAAUGGAGGGAAAAUGUAUGGAGAGAGAGAAAAUAACCAGCCUUUUGGAAGACAGUUUGGAGAAGAGAGGUCAUUCCAGAACAGAAACUUGAGAGAGGAAGCUGUCUCCUUGAAGAGGCCAUUUAUGGAUGAAGAGGAUGAAAGAUUUGGCAGUGGGGAACAAAACAAUGUACCUCACUUUUCUGGCCCAUUUAGAACAGCCAAAGAACAACUAAAUAUCGACAACCAGAAAAAAUAUGGCAGAGGGCGCGGUCAGGUGUCCACUGCAUCCUACGGGGCCACCAAAAAGUCAUUAGGACCUAGACGAGGGACAAGCAGUAAAUUUGUGCCCCCUGUGAUGAACAGGGAAGAAAAUGAAGAGAAUGAAGAUGUUGGAAUAAAGGCCAUCACAAGAUCAGUGCUUGGUAAGAAUGGAGAGAAGAAUGAAGAGGUGACAGAUGAACGACUGAAAGGAAUAGAGCCCAAAAUGAUAGAACUUAUCAUGAAUGAGAUAAUGGACAAUGGCCCUCAGCUGUCCUGGGACGAUGUAGCUGGUCUAGAGUUUGCAAAAAAGACCAUCAAAGAAAUUGUGGUGUGGCCAAUGUUACGUCCUGAUAUUUUUACUGGACUUAGAGGUCCACCAAAGGGUCUGUUGUUAUUUGGGCCACCAGGCACUGGCAAAACUCUUAUAGGUAAAUGUAUUGCCAGUCAGUCCAAAUCUACCUUCUUCAGCAUCAGUGCCUCAUCCUUAACCUCUAAAUGGGUAGGAGAGGGAGAGAAGAUGGUGAGGGCGAUGUUUGCCGUCGCACGCUGUCACCAGCCGGCCGUAGUGUUCAUAGAUGAAGUGGAUUCACUUCUGUCCCAGAGGUCGGACGGCGAGCAUGAGGCCUCCCGCAGAAUCAAGACAGAGUUUCUCAUACAACUGGAUGGUGCUGCCACACUGUCUGAUGAAAGAAUUCUGGUCAUAGGAGCUACCAACAGGCCCCAGGAAAUAGAUGAAGCUGCCAGACGAAGAUUUGUGAAGAGACUUUACAUCCCCCUCCCAGAAGGGGAGGCACGUAAACAGAUCGUCCUUAAUCUUCUGUCCCAGCAGAAAUAUCAGCUGACGGCGGCCGAGUUAGAGGCCAUUCAACAAAAGUCUGAAGGCUACUCGGGGUCUGAUAUGUCCUAUCUGUGUAAGGAGGCAGCCCUGGGUCCCAUCAGAUCCAUGGCCUUUGGGGACAUUGAAAACAUCACAGCUGACCAGGUUCGGCCAAUUCUGUAUGAAGAUUUUGAAGCAGCCUUUCAUCAAGUUAGGGCCAGUGUUUCUGAAAAAGAUUUGGACCUGUAUUCGGAAUGGGAUAAGACAUUCGGAAGUACCUGUGCCAAAGUGAAAAUGGCAUUACUAAAAAUUUUUCAGAAUCGUAAAAUAGGAAGAAAUUCUGGUCUCUUCAGCAAAUAUUCAGAAAGAGGGAAAGAAUGGAAGACCCCUGACUUUGAUCCAUCGUUGACAAGGUUACUGAUUUACAGCGAGGUGGAUGGAAAUCGCGUCAUUCUGUUCGACUCUAACUCUGUCAUCAAUUAUGAAGAUAAGCAACAGAAACCAAAGUGUCAGAGAGGAACAAAAUGUCGGAGGAAAAAUCCAGGGAAUUCAAGUCCCACCACAACAGGAGAGAGUACCUGUCAUCGUUAUCAGCCAAAAUAUCAGCUCACAAAACCAUGCUCUGACUGUAAGAAGUUGGAGGAGGUGGUGUUUGGUAGUGUGGGAAUGGCUCAGAAGGGGACCUCACUCAAAGUACAUUUCUUGUGGUCACAGAUGUUACUGACAAAAGUCUUCAUUCCAACAGCUCCCAAACAAGAGUCCUUUAGCAGUGACCUAGAUUUUAAUCAGAGUUCCCCGAGUCAGGGGGAUCAGUCCAGCCCCAAACUUAUAUAUCACCCCGAGAAAUCCCCAAGUAUUGCUCAGAGUAUCCCGGUUGAUGUCCCCUCCACACGAGACAGAAUCGCCACCUUUGAUAUUUACGACAGAGACAGUGGCUUAGCUUCAUUGACCUCAAGUGGGAGUUUCCAGACCCCCUUCCCGUCCCCCAGCAGUAACGCCAGCAGCUACAGCAGCCUACACCGCCGGUGGAUGAGAAGUGUCCACACCUCUAUCGAGGGAUGCAUCAAGAAACGCAACUCCCACGAUAAUCUAGUCGCUCAAGAUACCUCACUAGGCCCUCAGCCAGGCUGUAGGAAAAGAAGAAGUAAGCUCGCGCUGGGCAUUGUGUUUGGGAGUGACGAAAAACAGAAUCAGGAAGACAACCUGCUAUUCCAGAAUUUCUUCUUCUCUCAUAUUACAUUGAUAGAGGGUCACCUUGAACGAUUAAAAAUGGAGGUUGAAAAAGCGUACGGCACAAAACAAAAGUUUGUGGAUAUCGUCAUGGAGGCUUUGGAGACAUUCCGAAGGGACAUUAUGGAUUUGUAUACCUCUCCACGGCUGAGUGAACCUGUGUGGCAGAGCAUGAUGUCACACCCCAGUUACCGCUACCAGAUCUGUGAGAACUUUAUGAAGGAAUUGGUCACUCUCAUCAACAAGUUUGACAGCAAGAAUAAUGAAUUUUUUAUGAGUACUCUUGUGACAGCUGUGUUGACACAUCAUCUGGCCUGGGUUCCCACGGUUACACCAGCGGGGGGAACUCCCUCCAAGACCUACCUCCACAAUCAUUCUGCUAAAUGGUUGGACACAUUAGCGAAGACCCAUCCUUAUAAUCCACUCUGGGCUCAGUUAGGGGAUAUGUAUGGUGCUAUUGGCUACCCACUGAAAAUAGCCAGGACAAUUAUUGUAGGAAAAAAGGCAGAUCUUGUCAAAAAGAUUCUGUACGUUUUGAGUUACUUUAUACGCUGCAGUGACGUUCAUGAGAAUGGUGAAGUCGGAACACUAGAAUCGUUUCUAGAUGAUGUUAGCAUAGAAUCUCCAGAGGAAGAUAAAACUCCCGUCCACGAGGGAUUUAAGUUUCCCUCCGUCUCUGACGAGAAAUUACAGACAGGGUUUCAUAUAAGCAAUUCUGUGAUAUUUAACACUAGUUCACCUGAUAUUCAAAACGGUGCAGAAAUCAAAAAAUGUGUUGAUAGGUAUGAUCUGAAAUUAGAUAUCCAAGGGCAGCAUUGCUCACAUGAGAAUGAAAGUGGGAAAAGGAACAGAAACCAGACGGAAUUGUCGGAGGUGAAUCAGGACGAGGGAUAUUGCUCCAUCGUGCAGUCAGACGAGAGUGAGAAGAUUAGGUGUAGGUUAUCAACGGACUGUGUCGUGGAAAAUGUUCCUGUGGAAAAUGUUAUGAAUGUGAACAGAGCCGCUGUGUGUCGGACUAGUGAAGUGAACGAGAAACUCCUCAAACCUGCCAAAUCUAGUUCUGUGCUUUCAUCUAAGUUUAGUAAUGAUGUAACGUUGGAGAAGAAGCCUUCAACAGCUGACAUCAAACACCAGUUCCUGUCAGAUAGAAGUGACAGUAUGUUUAAUGAGUACUUUGAGGAUGAUAGUAUAGUGACAAAAACAAUUGAUGAUGUGCCUUUAGAACAGCGAGUUAUUCACCCAGCAAAGAGGGAUAUUGUCAUGUCUCAGUCAUUGGAAUGUUUAACAGAAUCCUCCGACAACGACACACAUCAGAGACGACUCGGAUCAGUGGGACAGUCGGCAAGGCCCAAGUUAUUCCCCCUCUCCCGGCAGAUGAGUUCAGAUUUCUCCAAACCCUCCACAUACAAUCCCGGUCGCUGCAGAUCUGUAACGCCUACAGAAUUAAACAGGCGCCGGCAUCUCUCCUCCACCAGUAGUUUUGAUUUUGAUCACAUGGAUCCUCUUGUUCAUUUUAAGGAACUUUCAAUGCCAAGCAUUAUCAGUGAGAAGAAUAGCAGCAGUAAGAUGUUUGAUAGGAACUUUGGUCGGUCUCUCCUGGCCGAGUAUUCCGACCAUUAUUUGUCUAAUUUCGUCCUGCAUGGUACAUCUGACAAUAACUUUAAAGAGAAACUUGUACGGGAUCUCCACAUGGCAACUCAGCACUCUGUGUUAGAUGAACCAAUAACUGAGGCCGUGUUUAUUGUAGCGGAUACAGACAAAUGGUCUGUGGACAUUACCAGCAGUAAGACCCCCGAUCAGCCUCCAAAAGUCAGUCGUGUGGUCGCCUCCCAACUCGUGUGCAAUAUGAUGGAUGCUGUCCAACAGCUACAUCGCCUCAAAAUGAGCUCCGAAUUCUGCUUGAUGCACCUAGAAGACAGACUGCAGGAAAUCUAUUUUAAGAGUAUUAUGCUUGCUGAAUACUUAAGAGAGAGUAAAAACCCAGGUCAUUGUGACAUCAAAGAAAUGACCAAAUUACUCGGGUUUGAUAAUGGAGAUUUGCCACUACUGGUGGCCAUUGCAGGGACACACUCCUCGCAGUUGACCCUGGGAGACCAAUGAUUUAGGACCCACCCACGCCAAACACCCCCCACAUAUCAGGCAGCAGGAGUGAUUCAAAAUCAGAUACAGUAAAAUUCAGUUAUAACGAAGUCACUGGGACCUAUGAAAUUACUUCGCAAUAUCCGUAAUUCAUUAUAUACAUAUAAGGAAUUCGUGAAAUUUAUGUAACUUGGGAUCCAAAAGAACUUCGCCAUAUCCAUGAAUUCUCAAUAUCGGUGUUCGUACUAAACGAGUUUUACUGUAACAAGAGGCUGAUCUCAGAUUCAAUAUAUCAUUAGUCUUAUUUGAUUUUAAGGUGUUCAGUGAAUGAUACUGGUGCCAUAAUGAAUGUUCAUAAAAAGGAAUGAGUAAUCUAAUUUAAAAUGAUUGAGAGUGAAAAAAAAAUUGUAUUAAAAUCAGGGAUAUUUAUGCCAAUAAUAUGUGAUAUAUUUUGCCUGGAUUGUUAAUUUCCCUUAUGCUUUAAUUAAGCAGACAGUUUAAACAAUUAUGGUCUGAUUUAUACACGGACACUUCAUCGAUUGAUUUAAACUUGUAUAUGUUAAGAUGCAAUCUACAUGCUUUAGCCUAUUUAGUUACAAUAUCUGUACUUACAUGUAAAUGCCAAUAGACAGUGAAGCUUAAAGCUUUGCCAGUUUUUAUGUCAAAAUCAAUGUAUCGAAUAAAAUCUUGAAAUUUGAA